AUCUCCUUACUGAAGCAGAACCUGGAGAUGCAGCUUUCCCAGUCGCAGAGCUCUUUGCAGCAGCUACAAGCCCAGUUCAGUCAGGAGCGGCAGAGACUCACUCAGGAGAUCCAGGAAUUAGAAGAGGAGCAUCAGCAAAGGCAUAAGUCACUUCAGGAAGCCCAUAUCCUUGCCUUUCAAAAUAUGGAAGAAACAAAAGAGCAAGAACAAAAGGAAUUAGAAGAACGUUUACAACAGAAGCACUCGGAAGAACUUCAGGCACUGAAAGAAACACAUAAACAAGCCAUGGAAGGUUUCAAAUUGGAGAUGGAACAGGAACUUCAGACUCUACGAUUUGAGCUGGAGGAUGAAGGAAAGGCUAUGCUAGCUUCCUUGCGCUCAGAGCUAAAUCAUCAACAUGCAGCAGCAAUUGACCAGCUAAGGCACAACCAUCAACAAGAACUGGUAGCUGCCAAAAUGGAGCUUGAAAGAAGCAUAGAGCUCGGCAGGCGACAGGAGCAAGAAUUUUUAUGCCGAAUAUCAGAUCUACAAGAUGAACUGAGACACCGAGACCACCAUAUAGCUGAACUGGACAAAGAGAUUCUGCAUCUUCAUGAAAAUAUAAGUGCAUUGACCAAGGAAUUAGAGUUUAAAGGGAAAGAAGUUCUUAGAAUACGCAGUGAAUCCAACCAACAGAUCAGGAUGCAUGAGCAAGAUUUAAGCAAGAAACAUGAGAAAGAGCUGGAUGUCUUGACAGCAGAUCACAUCAGAGAGAAAGAAAGCAUGCUGGCAGAUUUUAAUAAGACCCAAGAGCUGCUCAAGGAAAUUAAUUCAGCUUUACAAAUUUCUUUAGAAGAAAUGGAAGAAAAAUACAAAAACAGAGAAUCAAGACCAGAAGACUUGCAGCUUAUCUCAGAACUGAAAGACCUAAUUGCCGAGCGGGACCAACUCAUAAAGAAAUUGAUUGAGGACAAAAAGUUCUAUCAGCUGGAGCUAGUUAACAGGGAGACUAACUACAACAAAAUGUUUAAUGCAAGCCCUAAUGUUGGUGUUAUUAAUCCAUUGGUGAAGCAAAAGAAGAAGAACGAUAAAUCAACAAACAGGUUUGUGAGUGUCCCCAAUCUAAGUGCUCUGGAAUCUAGCGGAGUGGUGGGCAAUGGACAUCCCAACCGCCUGGACCCCAUUCCUAACUCACCCAUCCAUGAUAUUGAGUUCAACAGCAGCAAACCACUACCACAGACAAUGCCACCCAAAGAGUCCAAGACGUUUUUGAGCCCUCCUCAGAAUGACGCGUCACCAGUGGCUUCACCAGACCCACAACGCCAGGAGUGGUUUGCCCAGUACUUCACCUUCUGAAAGAUGAUUUGUUUUUGUGGCACAGCGUGAUGUGGACUGUUAAUAAGAGCAUGACCUUAAAGGAACCCUCAUGUGAACAAGCUCUCCUGUAAUUUGUCAAACACUGUGAAUGAGAAAGUAUUUGUCUUUCUGAUUUGAAACUGCACUGUAUUUCAUGUUAUAUUUGUUGGAAUCACUUGACAUAGUACUAUAUAAUGUGUGUAAUUACAACUAUUUUUAUUUAAAAUGGAAGAAUCUUUAAACUUCGUAAUUACUGCAUAAUAAAUUUUGGUAGAAC